ACAACAACAAGAUCAUCAUUAUCAUCAACAGAAAGUGUUUGCGUUUGCCUUUGCCAGCUGGAAUAUAGAAGUGAUCGCACAGUGACCGCCUCCUUCUCGCGACCCUAAACAUACUUGGUUGUGUUGUGUUGGUAGUGAAACUCCCUCCGCUCGAGAUCAUCGUCAUCAUUCAUACAUUUUCGUCAUAGGAUCAGUGUGUGCAAGCUCUCGCUUUUCGGUCAAAUCGAGAGAAAGUGUAAACAUCUAAUGCUGCAAAGUGUUGUAAUUCUUUCGAACGGUGAUUUCCAAGCCCAAAACAACAUCGGUGGGGCGAGUCGACAACAAAUGAGAAUAUAAAAGUAUAGGCAAAACAAAAAUAAUAACGAAAGAUUCAAAAAUGUAAAGAAACAAAAAUAAUUGUGAUAAACUCAAAGUGUGAUCCUAACAACAACAAGUGAGUGCGCUGGAGAAGAAAGGGGGCAGUGAACGAAAUUAAUUCAUCCGUCGUGGCUUACGGCGGCUCGAGUCGGUGAGCCAGGGCCUGGCUGUGGCUACCAUUGACACAAAGAAGAAAACAAGAAUUCCGCUAGAGUGUGUGGUGAAGCGGUCACCGCGCAGCACACCACAGUCCAGUCCACAUAGUGUGCAUGAGAGAGGGGCCUUCACUUCGUAAGAAAACGAUACACACAUAUUACGUAUCGCGCGAUAGGCUCUGGAGCAACAGAGGACUCUGACGGCGGAAAUGGAGAAAACUGGAGAAGUCAAAAAUAUGAAAUCGAACUUGACUGACGGCUGACUAACUGAAAGCGGACAAUGAUAAAAUGGUACCCCACAAGAUAAGAGUGAGCGCCAUCGUCGAGUACGACUACACGGCCAAGGAGACGGAUGAGCUAACGCUGAAGAAAGGUGCCAUCAUUACCAACAUCAAAAUUCAGCCCGGCGGCUGGUGGGAAGGUACACUGACGGCAACCGGCAGGACCGGUAUGUUUCCGGAUAACUUUGUUCGUGUGCUGGAACCGGACGAUAAGAAUCCAGUCGUGUUGAGGGAUAAAACAGCUACCCUGAAUCGAAGAUGUAAAGUUAUUUACAGCUACCGAGAGAACAAACCAGAUGAGCUGACGUUAGCGGUCGGUGAUGUCAUAGAGAUUUUCGAAGAAGUCGAGGAAGGCUGGUGGCGGGGUAAGUUGAACGGAAAGAUUGGAGUUUUCCCGUCCAACUUUGUCGAACCGAUCGAAUCCGCCUCGCCGACAUCUGCGAAUCGUAGAAGCAGUACCGGAGUGAAACCGGUACUUGAGAGCAGUUUAGCAGUUAGUAAUCUUUCGAAAAGCAACAGUUUGAACAAAAGCCGAAGCAGUUUGAACAGCUCCAGGGAAGAUCUGGAUCAUGUGACGUUGGCUCAGCAGCAGCAGCAACAAUUACUAGCGGAUGCACCCUCGCUUCCUCCGAAGCCUGUACGGGAGUUGUGCAGGGUUUUGUUUGCCUACGCACCAGCGAAUGAUGACGAGCUGAAACUCAACGAAGGGGACAUCAUAACGAUACUUACCAAGGACCUGCCCGAUAAGGGCUGGUGGAAGGGAGAAUUAAGGGGCCGCAUAGGGGUUUUUCCGGACAAUUUCGUCGUACUGCUCCCACCAGAAGUUUCCCCCGUCAAGGAAACCAUGCUGGCAAAACCGGAACGGCCACCACCCGGAAGCAAAGUCUCCAUAGGCAAACACAGCGGCACCAACCAACAACAAAAUAGCUCCUAUCGUAAGGAAAGUUUCGGUUCGAAGGAUUCACUCAACGAGCCCAGCACACAGUCAACGGGUUCACCCACCUUCGGCAAUGUGGCUGCCCACCGGAAGUCACUCGAGCACAGAAACAUGGAGAUUUCAGCAGCUGCCAGCAAUCUGAUCGCUGGCACGGGUGCCGUUCCGACUGCUGCACCGGUCACCGAGAAGCCCCCUCGGAAGAGUCUGGAGAGCAAAACGUCCGAAAUCCGCAAAAGCUUGGAAAAUUUGGACGAAAAGAAGGCGACGCCGCCGCCAGUGCUCGGAAAGAAACCCCAGGUCCCCAUCAAGAAAAGUCCCUCGAUUACGAGUGUGACUGGAAAUUUGUUCUCUGGGCUGAAGCAGAAGGUGAAGGGCGAAAGCAAAAGCACAAGCCAGGAUAGUAUGGAUGGUGUUGGGGGAAGUAAGAUGAGGUCGGAGGUGGCGGAUAAUAACGAGAAAAAUAUUAGCGGCGAGAGGCUCUCCAAGGACGAAUCGGAAUUCGGCCACGUCGAGCGUGGUUCGGUGCUUAAAGACAUGCGCGCAAAUCGGGCAAAGGCUCCCAAAAGAAGACCUCCCACGUCAGCCGGCAGUAUCAUUAGUGACUCUGGUAGCAAUGGAAUGAGCAAUGGAAAUUCUGGUUUGUUCCACCAGUUGUCGCAAAAUUCUUCGGAACCGGAUCCAACAAAGCCUGAUUUGUUGAAUGUAAACAAUCACACCAAUGCCAACAACGAGGAUGAGUUUAUCGCCAAGCCCAAGGCGCGAGAGUGGGAAAAGCACAAAGUGCCUUGGAUGGAUGAAUUGAAGGCAAGCCAGGCGAAGAAAACUUCUCCGAACGUUAGCGAAUCGAAAUCGCCGGAGCAUCUAUCAGUGACAUCCAGUAGCAACCACCACCAUCAGCACCACCACCAAGAAGAAUCCAAAUUUGAGAAUAUUUCCAAAUCGUUCCACAUAAGCUCAUCAAGUUUAGUGUCAUCCACAGUGUCUGGCUCGUCAGCAAGAGCAAGACUAACGGAACGAUCAGCCACCGCCAGUGCGGCAGAUGUCACCUCCAGCACAACGACGAUCAACAACAACAAUAAUAAUAAUCACAGUUCCUUCGACUUGAUUGCGUCCAGUAGGAAGGAGACUAGCCAUCAGCAGCACGCGUUAGCUACCGCCAAUAGCGUGGAGCAAACCACCAACAGCGUUAUGACAAAGUCAAUGUCAGCACUUUCAACCAAAAUUGCCAUCUCUUCGGACAGCGCUGGUGCGAACAACGCUAACGACACCUCCAGUUCCACCAACAGCAGUCGGCCCAUCAGCGUGAACCUGCGAAAUCGCAGUAUAUCACCUACGCCCAUCUCUAGAAACACAAAAACGAUCCACAUUACAUCGUCAAGUGGUCCUCCGGAGCUGCCAGCAACGACCGCAACAGUACCACCAAGCAACAACAUCAACAACAACAACGGAGCACCGAGCGGUGGAUCCACGACAACCACCGCCAUCGGAGCUAAUGCGGGCCCUCCCACAGCCAUCACCUCGGAUAAUGUUUGCUCGCGAGUGCAAGAUCUGGAGCAGAAGGUCAACCGAAUGGAGAGACAGCUCAGCGCGCAGAAUGGUUUGAUCGAGGAGCUUAAACGGCUGCUGCGCGACGAAUCCGACAAGGUGAAAACGCUACAGAAAGAGCUGGAGAAAUACGCGCAGUGUGUGACGCAGGUAUGAUAAAUCCUUCUCCGGGGUUUCGUUCACAUUUCGCUAGUUUCCCGAUAGUAGUUCUGCGCUGGUGGGUGAAAUACUCUCAGCGGGUUCCGGUACUCAACAAAAAAAAGGAGAUUCAUCCUAGCAUUUCAUUCUAUACGCGCAGCAUGAAGUCGGUCGGUAUUCGGGCUAGAGAUACGUUGGGAGGAAGGUUAGCCAAUUUUGAACACUAUUACGACUAAAGAUCUUUACACAUUCAUACCGAGUCUUACCUUUCGUAGUGCACAUAAAAAAACAAAUCUUACAACCAUUCUACCGCGAUAGUAAGAGAGAGAGAGAGAGAGAGAGAGAGAGAGAGAAAGAGAGAGAGAGAGGCGGAGAAAUUUUAGUAUUAAUGGGUAGAGAAGAACUUUGUCUUAGAGCAGCCGAUAUGAAUCGCGCGUUGUUGGAUGGAAGCAAAGCCCUUCAAGCGUGCGAAACACAAAUUUAUAAUUUUUCGAAAAACGACGAUUGAAAAGCAUCGCACAACACAAAAUUGCUACAAUGUAGUGCUAGGCUCUCUGGGGGGCUUGUUUAUCGAGAACAAAAUCGGAGCUAAUUUCCCGAAGUAUUGUUACACAUUUUCUGUUAAAUUCACACUGUUAUUAACCCCUGAGCUAACGUCUAGUAGUAGGAUAAAUGAAUGAUUUCAUUGGAUAAUAUUUCGGGGAGUGAGAUUCUUUCGAUUUCAUUUUAAGCAUUUUUCUGAUUCUACACUUUGCUUUAAAAUUCAGCCGAUUCUAUGUUCGAACAAGUUGUUCGUUUUCUGAUACUAUUCCAAUCUCUUAUUAAGACCACCAUUCAUUCCAACGAGUUACAAAUUUUACAUUCCUUCCAACAAUUGAAUUUAACAGUAUUUUUGCUGAUGUGUGUAAUUGUGUAUCCUUUAUCCCGUGACAUAAUGGGACUCGGAAAAAAAAGAAUGCAUUGCGUUCUAUUUCAUUUAUGCAUAACCUAAGUGUAUUUGUUGCAUUUAUGUGAGAGAUUUAUUUUUAUAUAAAAAUAUUGUGUAUAUUCACUCGAAUUGAACCAUGAGAAAUGAUGGGUGGUCUCGCAAACAACUAUACUGAAAUUCAAGGCAUGUGAAAGGAUAGUUACUGAAGGCAACCGAUGUUCGAUGACCAACUAAGUAGAAAUCGAAGGCUAAUACAGCUGUUAAGUUGAGGAUUUGUGGCAGAUUCAUGCUUACAUACAAUCUUAGAAGUACGUACCGUCGCAUAAGCAUAAAGUAACGAGUAGCAGCGUUAAAUAUACGUGAAUUGUACAACAAAUCAAGCCGAUAGAGUUAUCUAUCGUUACCUAACAAUCUUUGUGGAAUUGUGACAGAAAAUAAAAAUGAAUGAUUGUACACCAAUUGAACACACGCGAACAUUCGAACGGUUCUAUAUUUCUGGCAUGAUGGCACUCGAGCCAUUUUCUGUACAUAAUUGAUAGAAAUAAUCCUUAUACAUACAAUAUUUUUAUUUAGCAUUUGAAUUCCACGAAUAAAGCAUACGAUCGCUUUAUACACACAUACAAUAUUGAAUUCAUGAUACAUGAUACAACUUAUGUAAUAUUAUUCUAAUAAAUUCGCUUUUGCAAAUAGAA